AUGAAAGCGACAAUAAGAAUUAUGCAAAGAUAUAAAAUUGAGAUAUCCGAAGAAUUGAGAAGAAGCCAAAAUGUCGAGGCUUUGGAAGAGAAAACAGAUGGCAGUUUGAGACUCAUUGAAGAAUCAAUCCAAUCUGUGAAAGAAAUUCUACAACAACGUAAGCAAUCUCUUUUAGUAGAUUCACUAGUUUUAAAUUUGAAAGAAGAUGCAGAAUCAGAACCUAAUAAAUCAGAUACAUUAACUGAUAGAUUUCCUAGGAGUACUCGAGAAUCUGCUGAAAAGGAUAAAAGGUUCGAGGAGCUGGAGGACAAAUGCUUCAAGGAAACGCAUGAACUUCAAGACGAAAUUGAUGAGCUUCAUGCUGAUAAUAAAGCUAAAGCUGAUCACAUUAAGAGGAUUAACAGGAGAACGCAAGAUUUUGAGAAUAUCGCUUGCAACACAGAACAGGAACUUGCAGCUAAAAUUAAUGAUCAAAAAGGAGAAAUACUUCAACUUAAUCAGAAUGUAUCCAAUCUUAUCACUGUUAAUUUGGACUUAGAUAAACAGCUUAAGGAAUGUCGAUUAACUGUCAGUAGACUUGAAGGGGAUCUUGGGGACAUAACUGAAACCAACAAGAAUAUGCUGACCACCAUCCAAGUGCUCUCAGAAGAAAAGAAAUCCUACUUAGAAGAGCUGAAGAGUGCGAAAGUAAACCUACUACAUGCUAAAGAGGAAUUAAAAACAACUAAAUCUAGGUGUGAUAGUUUGGAGAUGAUAGGGCAUCAACAGUCUUUAAUUGGAGCUAGACCCUCAGAAGAUCUUGCAAAGUGUUGUGAACCCACUGCCGCAGAUGACUCAUUUACUCUGAUAAAUGACAACAGUGUGUUGAAAGACUGCAUCACCCUGGAUAAAGAAAUGGAAACUGCGAGACAUCGGGCGAAUGCUUCUUAUUGUGUGCCCAGGAAAUGCAUUGUUUGCGGAGACUCCAGCGCAAGAUCCCUGUCCACGACUAUGUCUAAACUUGUGAAUUCAUCUCACAUGAUAAAAGGGUAUGUUUAUAAUGGACUUAAUAUGAAAAGUCUUGUGGAAAGGAUGUUCUUAUUAUCAUUUGAUUUGACUGAAAAGGAUACAAUUGUUGGAUUAUCCAGAGGCAAGAUUUCAUAA